AUGGGUGAAAUGCGCUACCAGCAGGGGCUCUUCAUGCUGCAGCAUGGAAAACUCAGGGAGGCCAUAAAUGCGUUUGGCAAGGCAUCCUUCUUUAUGCCGCAGAGGCCGCAGCCCUUUAUUGCAGCCGCGGAGUGCUUCAUCUCCUUGUGCGACUUUAAGGGGGCCGUCAAGCAGUACCGGCGGGCGCUCUGGCUGCUUCGCUCACGAGAGGAGACAGACAGCGGAACGGUCUCCCUCCUUAGUGCGUUGCCACUGGACAAGCCUUUUGAACCUCUCGAUUUUAAUAUGGCCACCAUUGGCUUUGCCUGUUUUGACAGAGGGGAUGAGAGAAGCAAGGAUGAAACUGAAGAGUUCUUGUCGUUAACGACGAAUUUGGCUACCCUGCCACCUUCGCUAGCGUGCAGUGUGCCCUCAUCGGCUGCUAUUCAGGUACAUUCAGCUGUGGUCGCUGGCGACGAUUGUGUCCUUAUUGCUGCGGUGCAAACCCGUCUUGCCGGUAUUCUCGACGCGCUGAGCACAGUCCUCUUUAAUGUGAAGGACUAUGUGCAGGCGCUUCGCUUUGCUGAUGAGUCUCUACAGCUGCUUGAGCACCCUCAGGUGAUGCUGCACCGUUGUGCCUACCUGAUCGCUCUUGAGCGUACAGAUGAGGCCGAAAAAGCACUGGAGAAACAUAUGCGGGAUUGCCCCUCCUUUUCUAUCGAGAGCAGUUCGCUGUUGGUACACCUUUACUGUCAACGCCAAGCGUUUCAGCACGCCAAGGCACUGCUGGAGAGCAUACUCUUGAAGGAUCGUCAACACCCCCAGAUCUUGUUGGCGCAGCAUAUUUUUGAUGGAGCAUACUCCUUUUUUCGUCAGCGGUCAAUUGAUCAGUCGGAUGUGCAGGGGCUUACCCGUUGUCUGGCGGUGUUUCCAGAGGACCCGGCAUUGUACUUUGAACGCGCCAAAUAUUAUGUUAGUGAAGGACAGGACAAAAAGGCUGUACCAGACUUGUUUAAGUGCAUCAAAAUCUCAAAUGGUAGUCACAAAGAUGCAGUGGGGCUAAUGACACAGACUCUUUUCCGCCUUGGUGCAGGCCACGAUGGCGAAGAUAAUAUGAAAAAUGCCAUUGAUUACUAUUCAACUUCCCUUCUUUGGCAUGCGGAUAACAUUCCGGUGCUACUUGCACGCGGAGAUUGCUACACGAAACUUGGGGAUUAUCAAAACGCCUUGCAGGACUUCCUUCGCGUGGAGCGGAUUUCUCCAAACCAUUCUGGAGCCAAACGGCGUCUGGCCCACUUACAUGACGUAUGGGGGGCCGGAUUUCAUGCUCAGGGGAAGCUUGAGGAGGCAGAGAGAGAGUUUAGUCGGGCAAUUGUGGCAUGCGAGGAUGAGCCUCGUUACUACUACCAUCGAGCGCUCUGUCGUUUUGACAUGAAUGAGCCAAGCUACGCGUUGCGUGAUGUGCUCUCAUGCCAAGAGCUUGAUUCAAAGGAUCCAGUGAUCCGUGACUUUGUCAACGCGCAUCUGUCGUUUCUGUCGCAGGGGUCGGAGGGGCAAUCGUCAAGGAGUGUCGAAUUGCCGAAAGUGCCGCAGCAUGUUUGUCAGCGUGCGGUGUCACUCUAUGGAAAGGAUGCGGCCAAAGCAGCGGUAAGACGGUAUAACCAGAGUCAAGAGCAACUGCAGACGCUGGAGCGAGAAGAGGUGUACAAGGCGGUGACACAGCGGAAUGCUGAAGGUACAGGAGGGGGGAGGCGGCUGCCAAUUUUUGGCACGCAUACUUUUACUCCCGCCUUGGGCUCUGUUUUAACGUGCAGCAAGGCGAUGUUGUCGCUUCCAAAAGGAAGGCUGCAGUCUCCAAUACGAGGCUCCUUAUCUUUAGGGCAAAAAGGCAAAGGUGUUACCUAUGCAAGGUGA